AUGUUUACACCUUGACAUUGGAUUUUCGUUGUUGACUUUCCUUGCCUCAUUUCUCUGAUCUCCUCAACAGUGCUGGCCGAAGCAGCCUUCCGGGACGAUGGGGACAGCGAGAGCGACUCCUCUUCCCCAAGAAGCGAACUGGUUAAGUUGCAACCCAGGAAGCGGCCACGAUAUGAGGGCAUGUACACCUGCAAGUUCUGCCCUUACGGCAGUCGUAAAAUAAGUCAUGUCAUCGAGCAUGAAAGGAUGCACACAGGCGAGAAGCCUUUCCACUGCUCUGUGUGUGAGAGAGCGUUUGCUUUAGCUCAUCACUUACAAGAUCAUAUGAGGACCCACACGGGGGAGAAACCAUUUCGUUGUGAGGUUUGCCAGAAGGCGUUCUCCAGAAGUUAUGUCCUGAUGGUUCACGAAAGAGUCCAUACGGGCGAGAAACCAUACAAGUGUGGCACCUGUGGGAAAGAAUUUUCACACAAAUCCAGCUUGUUGUUUCACGAGAGAUGUCAGGGUGGGGAGCGGCCUUACAAGUGUGAUGCCUGUGGGAAUACGUAUACACAGCGUUGCUAUUUAAACAGCCAUCGGAAAAGAGUGCACAAGUGAGGGAUCUGCGUCAUGCAAUAUCUGGAGGUAUGGAAGAAUUCUUUCAUGUUUCACCGUUCGCUUCACUGCCUGUCUCUGGUCUGUUUAAAGGAAGUAGAGAAAUCGUUGCACAUUUAUCAUCUCUAAACAUUAUCAUUUGCAAU